CGACCUUUUCUAUAAUCGAGAGAUUAGUCUGAGUACUAUCAAACGUUCGGAUAUCUUGGUCAAAGAGGAGAACUAUAUUUGUGGUGGUUGAUAAAUCAACUUCCAAAAGAAUGUAGAAAAAUCAAAGCUGACGACUUGACCUCUGCUCAAGUCUUCCUCUUAUCACAAGCCAAUGUAAUGUUCAUUCGAGCAUUCUCCGAACCAUUCUUCUUCCAUGGCAACUCUUCAGUUCCAGAGAAUUCAACACUCUCUGUUCCUACUCACUUUUCUUCUUCAAUUCUCAUCACUCCAAUUCCCUUCACUCGGGUACAAUCUCCCCGAUAACUACUUCAUCAAUUGCGGUUCCACCGCCGAUGUAACCGACACCGAAACCCGCCGCGUCUACGCCGGCGAAUCAAACCCUGCCUACCCAAAAACCACGUUUCGCAGCACCACCGUCGCAGAAAACAGUGUCUCACCGGCGCCGCCGUCUCCACUAUACCAAACAGCAAGGAUUUUCCGAAGCAAUUCUUCUUACAAGUUCAACACAGAGACAAACAGAACCUACCUCCUCCGCCUCCACUUCUUCGCUUUCACCUCGCCGGAGAAUCUUUCCGCCGCCAGGUUCAACGUCUCAGUUCCUGGAUUCUGGCUGCUACCGAAUUUCAACGCCGGAAACACCACAACCUCUGCUUCAGUUAAAGAGUAUUUCCUCAAAAUCACAAGCAAAACGUUCCGAAUCACCUUCAGGCCUAUCGGAUCAUCGUUCGCGUUUGUUAACGCCAUAGAACUCUUCGUUCUCCCUCUCCAUUUGAUCUCAAACACAGUCUCACGUUUCACUCCUGGCACUGCAACUGCUAAUCGAGGCCUAUCUCCUUACACCGGUGGUUUGCUCUCUCGGGUGCUGGAGACUAAGCACAGGGUCAACGUUGGUGGUGAGAAUGUCACGAGGGACACUGAUAACUUACUGAGAAACUGGUCCCCAGAUGAUGGUCUUCUAAGUGUUCGACGAAAUGCGCAGCCAAAGAGUUUCAGUAAUCAAAUUAAAUAUCGUGUAGAUGAUGACUCUGAUGGUCCGAAUUCGAGUUCAUACACUGCGCCGAACGAUGUCUAUAGAACUGCUAGAUUUAUCAAUUAUAGCUCUGGUGGUGACUUGAACAUAACUUGGGGUGUUCCGGUGGAGAAGAGUGAAGAUCACCUGGUUCGGCUUCACUUCUGUGACAUUUUUAAUAUUUUUCAGAAUGGUUUUUCAAUCUUCCAGCUGAUGAUUUACGACAACUUAGUCAGCAAUGCAAAUGAUGGCGUAAAUGUGUCGAGCGAGCUACAAUCUCCUUAUUAUUACGACUUUGUGGUUCGCUCUGAUGACUCUGGCCUCAUGAAGAUCAGUGUAAAGGUUAAUGCGACUCAAACUGAUCCGAUUGCGUUUUUGAAUGGGCUAGAGGUAAUGAAAGUAAUUGAGUCAUCGGGUUCUGUUCCCUCGGAUGAUGAGGGUUCCAAGCAUAAUGUUCUUCCUGUGGUGCUGGGUUCCGCUCUUGGAGGUGUUUUUGUUCUGGUUUCUGUGGUGGUGGUUGGGUUUCUAUAUUGGCAUCUUAAAAUAAGGAAGCAAAAGCCUGUUGAGAAUUCUGAUUGGUCACCAAUUCCGGUUAAUGCUGGAGGAAGCUCUCACAGCAGGUUAACUGAGGGAACCAUUCAAGGUUCACCACUUCCCAACAUAAACCUUGGCCUGAAAAUCUCCUUGCUUGAGAUUCAAUUUGCAACUAAGAAUUUCGAUGCGAAGCUGAUGAUUGGGAAGGGUGGUUUCGGUAAUGUCUACAAGGGGGUUCUCAAGAAUGGCAUGAGUGUGGCUGUGAAAAGGAGUGAUCCCGGGUCAGGUCAAGGCCUGCCAGAGUUUCAGACAGAGAUCAUGGUUUUGUCCAAGAUUCGCCACAGGCACCUUGUUUCCUUAAUUGGGUAUUGUGAUGAAAGGUAUGAGAUGAUUCUGGUUUAUGAGUACAUGGAGAAAGGGACACUCAGGGACCAUUUGUACAAUACCAAUUUCCCAAGCUUGUCUUGGAAGCAAAGGCUAGAAGUUUGCAUUGGAGCUGCAAGGGGUCUUCAUUACCUUCACAAAGGAGCAUCUGGGGGAAUCAUUCACCGUGAUGUGAAAUCCACCAACAUAUUGCUUGAUGAGAACCUUGUGGCUAAAGUUGCUGACUUUGGCCUUUCAAGAACAGGCCCUCUUGAUGAUCAUCAAUCAUAUGUCAGCACAGGUGUGAAAGGCACUUUCGGGUAUCUUGAUCCUGAGUAUUUCAGGUCGCAGCAGCUGACAGAGAAAUCUGAUGUGUAUUCAUUUGGGGUGGUUCUUCUGGAAGUGUUGUGUGCAAGACCCGCCAUUGAGCAAUCGCUUCCAAGGGAGCAGGCAAACUUGGCUGAGUGGGGAAUAUUUUGCAAAAACAAAGGGAUACUCGAAGAGAUUGUUGAUCCUGUCAUCAAGGGGCAAAUGGAUCAAAACUCUCUCAGGAAAUUCAGUGAGACAGUGGAGAAGUGCUUGCAAGAAGAUGGUGGUGAUAGGCCUUCAAUGGGGGAUGUGUUGUGGGACUUGGAGUACGCGCUGCAGCUUCAGCGAGGUACCAUUCAAAGGGAGCCUCAUGAGGAUAGUUCUAGCAGUGCUUCUGCAUCGAUUCAAUUGCCGAAUGUUCGGCGUCUUCCUUCACUCUCCACGCUGAGUGAAGUGGAUGACAUGUCGAUUGUGAGGGGUGAUGAAUCUGAUAGUGCAGCUGAUUCGGUUUUCUCUCAGUUGAGAAUUGAUGAUGCUAGGUAGAAUGCCAAAGCCAUUCAAGGUUCAACAAGCUAUUCUAAGGUCCCUGGAUUUCCAUUUUAGUUAAUGUUGUCAAACUAGUCUCAACUGUAAGAUACUAAGAUCAAUAAUGAUAAUGUCUAUUCCUUAUGCUCGUAAUAGAUUAUUGAUAAUUUGGCA